AUGUAAGCAUUUGUGACAAGGCAAGCAUUAAAUUGUAUAGCACAUGCAAAUACAAUGUUUCUCUUAACCUGUGACCAGAGGCGGACUGACAUCUCAUGGGGCCCCGGGGCAAUAGGGGAUCAUGGGGCCCCUGUGUCCUUGCCCAAACUCAAAAAAGCCUAUGAAAAAGGUACCAGGGGCAUCUCAUGGGGCCCCCUACUGACCCCAGGCCCUCGGGCAGUGCCUGAGUUUCCAAAUGGUCAGUCUGCCCCUGCUUGGUAAU